AAAGUAGACGAUUGGCAAGCCUUGUUUGUGAGGAGAUUUACCUCAGACAAGAAUUGUCAUCAGGAAGUUUGGUGCAAGUUCACUAUCAAACAGACAAAAUGCCCAAAUGGAAUGUUGAAAAGUUGAUAACUUUAGUACAAGAAAGGCCCGAGCUAUGGGACACUCGCUCCUCCGCCUAUCAGGACCGCGUACGGAAGGAGAUCUCAUGGGAGAAAGUGGCCCGUCGCCUCAAGCCACGCGAGUGGGAUAAAGAGGAUAACAGAGGUCGUGCAGAACUAGUGAAAAAUGUCAAGGUCCGCUGGAACAGCUGCAGGGACCAGUUCCGGAGGGAGCUCAACGAAAAGGGCCGCAGCGGAGAAGGGACAUCCCGCAAAAGGCCCUACAUCUAUACUCAGCAGCUGAGCUUCCUUCGUCCGGUGAUGGAGUUGAGGCCAACUGUGGACAAUCUGGAGGACAGUGAAGAAACCCCUGCUGUAUUUUCCCCGGAAUCCAGCCCCCAACAUUCCCCAGUGUUGGAAUCCACUGAACCACCCAUGGGAACCAGUGGUGGGGAACCUGAAAGGCCUGAAACAAGACCACAGCCCAGGAGGAGGAGGAAUGCCCGUCAGUCGUCCUCUGAGCUAGCGAAUCGGGAAAUGAUAGAUGCCCGAGUCAUCCAGUUCCUAGCUCAGAGGAGGACUGAUGGGCAUGAAGAAACUAUGCUUAGGGGGCUUGCGCCAAUGCUGAAGCUCGUUCCCCAAGCGAGCCAGCAACAAUGUGUGGCCUCCCUUUUGUUGGUCCUUAAAAUGUUCUCCCUGCCAUACCAGGGAGACAUUUUAGGGGAUAUCAACAAUUUAUUGCAUAAAUAUAUGGUGGCUACGAAUCAGCAGCCACCAACAUUUCAGCAGGCACCACAUCCUUUCCAUGGACAUCAAUCUGGGGGUCCCACUUUCCAGGGCUCCCAAGAGCAGAACCCUCCCCUUGCCCAGUCCUUUAAUGUGGGCAUGUUUGCUGCUGCUCCCCCUCAACCAGCCCAGGUGCGUCCGGCGUCGUCGUACGCCCCUGGCUCGUUUUCCAGAGACUUAUUUGAAUUGUAAAUUUUAUUUUAUUUGGUUUGUGUGCUGCUAUUGCUUGCAUUAUUAAGUCACAAAAUUACUCCUUUUGAAAACAAAAAAAAGUUUU